UCGCCUCGCCGCGCGAUGGCCUCGCUCCGCGCGGAGCGCGCAGCUGGCGGCCCGCGGCUCCCUGCGACCCGCGCCGGGCGGCCCGCGGCGCUCCGCCUCCUCCUCCUGCUGCUGGGCGCUAUCCUUAAGCCCCAGGAGUCCCUGGCCCAGACUCUUCCCACCCCGGGCAGCUUGGAGCCAGAAGGGAGGACGGUGGAGGAGAACUACGAGGCAAACGUCCUACUUUGUUGGAACGGCUAUAAGGUUUACAUGGACUCUAUCGAAAAGGAUUGGUGCGAUUGGGCGGUGAUUAGCAGGCCUUACAGCGCGCUGAGAGACUGCUUAGAGCAGAACGCCGAGGAGUUCGGCCUGGGCUUCCCCAACCCCUGGGCGGAGAGGAUCAUCUUCGAGACGCACCAGAUCCACUUUGCCAACUGCUCCCUGGGGCAGCCCACCCUCUCCGACCCCCCGGAGGACGUGCUGUUGGCCAUGAUCAUAGCUCCCAUCUGCCUCAUCCCCUUCCUCGUCACGCUGGUGGUGUGGAGGAGUAAAGACAGCGAGGCCCAGGGCUAGGGUGGCACGGCCUUGCCCACUCUCGCUCUCUCCCCCCCUCCCCACCCUCUUCCCUCGGUCCCAGCCCCUCCACAGGUCCCCGGUAGAUGGAGAUGGAAGUCCCAUGGGGCCAUGGCACAAGUUCUGAAAUCUAAAUAAAAACUUCUUUUGGGUACAA